AAGAGUGGUUGUUAGAAUGGAAGGAACAAAUAAUUUCAAAACUCCAAGCAAAUUAUCGGAAAAAAGGAAAUCUGUACCAUGUUCAACUCCAUGUGUAAAUAUUCCUGCCUCUCCAUUUAUGCAGAAGCUUGGCUUUGGUACUGGAGUAAAUGUUUACCUUAUGAAAAGGUCUCCAAGAGGUUUGUCUCGUUCUCCUUGGGCUGUGAAAAAGAUUAAUUCUAAAUGUAAUGAUCAUUAUCAAAGUAUGUAUCAAAAGAGACUGACUGAUGAAGCUAAUAUUUUGAAAAACCUUCAUCAUCCAAACAUUGUAGGUUAUCGUGCUUUUACGGAAUCCAGUGAUGGUAGUCUGUGUCUUGCUAUGGAAUAUGGAGGUGAAAAGUCUCUAAAUGACUUAAUAGAAGAACGAAAUGAAGACACCCGAAAUCCGUUUCCAGCAGCCAUAAUUUUAAAAGUUGCUCUGAACAUGGCAAGAGGCUUAAAGUACCUGCACCAAGAAAAGAAACUACUUCAUGGAGAUAUCAAGUCUUCAAACGUUGUAAUUAAAGGUGACUUUGAAACUAUUAAAAUUUGUGAUGUAGGAGUCUCUCUACCAUUGGACGAAAAUAUGACCGUGACUGAGCCUGAGGCCUGUUAUAUUGGAACUGAGCCAUGGAAACCCAAAGAAGCUUUGGAGGAAAAUGGUGUUAUUACCGACAAAGCAGACAUAUUUGCCUUUGGGCUUACUCUGUGGGAAAUGAUGACUUUAUCUAUUCCACACAUUAAUCUUUCAGAUGAUGUUGAUGAAGAUAAAACUUUUGAUGAAAGUGACUUUGAUGAUGAAGCAUACUAUGCAGCUUUGGGAACUAGGCCACCUAUUAAUAUGGAAGAGCUGGGUGAGUCAUACCAGAAAGUGAUUGAACUUUUCUCUGUUUGCACUAAUGAAGAUCCCAGAUCCCGUCCUUCUGCAGCACACAUCGUUGAAGCUCUGGAUAUGAAUGUAGAGUGA